UGGAGAUUUAGAACUAGAGAUUAUAACCAUGGAAGGAAAGAACAGUGAAGACCUCGCUCAAGAGCAGAAUGGAGUACAUAGAGAGCCUCAUCCAUACGUAGUCCCUGACGUGUUCAAGGAUUUUAGCCAGAGAACAGUCUGCUUUGUUGGCAAGGUCAAGGAGAUCAAAGAAGUUAAAGACACCAAACGGCUUGUCAUCACUAGAUCUGAUAAUAAGACUGAAGUUCAAGUGAACAACUACAAAGGUGAUCCAGGCAUCACUGGGAAAAUCAUUGAGAUUCGAGGAAUUGUUAAUAAAGAUAACAAGACUUUAUCUUAUGGACAACAUACUGUGUUCAAUGAUCAAUUCGACCAAGUCGGAUUUGACAAAAUGCUUGAUUACUAUCAUGGGUUAUGCAGACACCUAAUUCUUGGAAAAUAAUUAAUAAUUUCAAUAAAUAUAUCCUGAA